AUGAUAAGAACAUAUCCGAUUAUUGAAGACAACAUGACCGCUAUAUGGUACUAUGUACCGGUAUGUAUUAGAUUUAUAUCAGAGGGAGAUAUAAAUGCACUUACGGGUGUUAAUUUAGUUCUUAGGAAUGCGGAUGGACAGAUAUUAUAUGAGUCAACCAUCUCGCUCAGUCAUAUUCCCCCACAUAGUUUGAAAGAUUACCAGCUAUAUGUAACUUCGAGCUCCCUUUGUGAAGGGGACGAUGUGAAUUGGCAUACUUGUAUUCCAAGCUUUGACAUUCCGUUAAUGGAGAGACGAGUCGAUAAUUUAUAUAAAUAUUUGAACUUUUUCAAGGAAAAUGGGUUCAAGAUAAUUCCGAAUGAUACGGUUCCCAGAAAUACCCUUAUGGAUCUAAAUAUAUUGGGACUUGAGCUUAAAACUGGGUCCUUGAGCAAAUUGAUAGGCCCAGAAGCAUAUAAAGUGAUUGAAUUUGCAAAUGCGGAGGCAUCUGACUCAAUCACUAUCCGCUCUUGUCCGUUCAGCUUUACGAAUCCGUUGUUAUUUAGUGAUUUUCUUUCGGUAGGGGGAGUCAAUCUCAAGACAACUAAAGAUAAUGAGACAUUGGGCUAUUUAUCCGAUAUUAAAUAUUUGGAAAACAUGGCAGGAGGGAUUGUCACCAAAUCCGACAUGACAGGUUCUAUAGGGUUAGUGUUGGGCAAUUUACGCAAGUACAAUGGGGAUGGGGACUUGAUAUUUAUAUUAUCGUGGGAAAUUAUUUGGAAGUUAAUCAUGAAGCGGUUCCCCAAUUUAAGUAUGAGACCUUCAAUGAAAUCGUCUAACGGAGUAGACAGAAUCUGCUCAGUUUUACCUGUAGUUGUUAGCAAAAACAAUAGUCUGUUCUGGGGAUCAUGUGUGUAUUAUAAUCAUACCACGCUAGUGACAAACAACCAUGUAAUUAAGCAAUAUAUUGAUAGACCCGUGCUGGUUGAUUGCAAAAUAUUUUUAACUAGGGAUCAAACAAUCAAGUUAACGAACGAAGACGUUGUUAUUACCCCGUAUGAACAGUUAGAUUUGUCAUUUAUCAAGCUUUCUUUUGCAAAUCAAAAAAGGCUUAUGGAUAUUGACAAUAUAGCUCCUAUUGAAUAUGAUUACUUUUAUCUGACCGGGGAACCUGUCAGUACAAUCGGCUUUGGGUUGUACUUCAACAAUCUCUACGUGGAGCCAUUAGAAUCUACUGGUAAUAUAUCUGCCAAACACUCGCUUCCUUUGUAUAAAGGCGAUAAUGCUACAUUGCCUUGUAUUAUUGUGACGUCGGCUUCAUGUUGGAACGGUUCUUCUGGGGGCGGGUUAUUUAAGCAGUCUUCAAAUAAAUUAGUGGGUUUGAUUUGCUCCAAUGCGCAAGUUAUUCUACCUGCUUUUGGUGAAGAGGAAGAUGAGAAUACGGAGAAGCUAUCGAAAACAGUGUUAUGUAUUCCAAUUGAAGUGAUAAAUAGUUGCUACGAGAAUUUGCAUACUACAGACAAGUCGGAGUUGAAUGAUAGAAUAGGCCAUACCUGGAAUUUGAUUCCAUAUCAUAACGAUAUAAUCGUUAGCAAGCCGAAGUUAUAA